CUUCAUUCUUUUGUAGGUCAGUUCUGUGCCUCCCAACCACCUGGACUUCGUUCUGGGAGAAGAAUUGACGUCCAUUCUCUUGCAGUCAUACGUCUCGUUCAUAUCUUCUUUUCCUACCUGCCCUUCUCGUCUCUCGACUCAUCAUCUAUAGAAAUAGCCCUUGCCCGGCCUCGACGCGACCUCGAAUUGAAUUCUGUCCGCUUUAGACUUAUUCGAGUUUACCGAAAACCUGCUAACUGUCUGGAAGACGCCUCUAACACCAUGGAGUCUUCUCCUCCAAGGAGCAGUUCUAAUGCUUCUGUGGCAGGUGUGAAGCGUCCAGCGACCUUGUUGCCUGCCUUUGAGCCAUUGAGUUCUUCGCCUUCUCUUCCUCGACCCCAGAAGCGUGUAGCUCGCGAUGAUCAUGGAAUUGUAUCAACAUAUCCAACUCCUGUUCCGACGUCAUCGACCCAUAUCAUGUCCUCUUCGCCCCCUCGAAUGGCUUCGCGUCGAACCUUGACAUCGUCAAAUUCCGAACGAACUCCCCUGUCCACUGUCCCCACCAUGAUGCUUCCGGAGACUGGCGAGCCACUUCUCAUGGGUAGAUCCAGUGCAUCUUGCCAUCAUCAACUCGCUGCCAACCGUAUGAUUUCGAGGGUCCAUGUCAAAGCUACCUAUAAGCCUGCACCUAAUCCCUUCGAUCGAGAUAGGGUUGAGAUAAUGUGCAUGGGCUGGAACGGGAUCAAACUUCAUUGCCAGGGGAAAACGUAUGACUUGGCCAAGGGAAAGACUUUCACUUCUGAUAUCAAAGACGCAGAUAUCAUGAUUGAUGUCCAUGAUGCGCGUGUUUUGGUCCAAUGGCCGCGAAAUGAACGAAAGGACUACGCAUCCACCGAUUCCGAGCAGACCUGGGAAGAGGCUACCCCACGACGUAACAGACAGUCUCGUCGAAGUUUGCAUGACAGUCCUAAUGUGGAACGCCGGCGCUUGGCUUCCCCUGUCUCGCCUUCUCCUGCAGUCAAAUCCCUAAUUCCACCGUCCUCGCCACUGUACACUCCAACACGUGCAAGAAAUGCCGUGGUUGUUUAUGAGGAUGAACCGUCUCCCGUCCGCCGUAAAAGCUCAGGAGAUGCCUUGCUGUCUGAAGCGAGCCUAAAGUCUACCUCUAGUGUAGGGGACCUCUUGCAGAGCUCACAAUCGAGUGACCUGAGUGAUCUCAGUAAGCCUGAUGAUUUGUCGGACCACGAUGAAGAGAAUGAUCCCAUCGUUCAUUCCUUUGGACCCUUUGGAGACAAUAUCUUGCCCCGUAUGGCUUCCUUCACUGCUGAUGGAUCACCACUCCGCCCCGCUCGUCCUCGUAACCAGCACCCCGCUGAGCCGCUCCGCCCUGCUCACUCUCCUAGACAGCCAUAUAAGCCGGCUGAGAGAGUUGAUCUUACACUAAGCAAGCCACUUGAUGAGAGCUUUGAGAGAGUUCAGAAUCAUGCUAUCAAUCAGCUGGCCUUUUCUCGUCUUUCUUCAACGCCUUUCUCGACAAUUUUGAAUAACCUCCCACCCUCCCUUUGGCGGCGGGAUACACAUUCAAAGGAAGGACCUACACGGGAUGAGAUUCGCGCCAUCAUUGAUACCACGAAGUGUAUUGGGAAGGUCGCUCGGGAAGGGAAGGAUGCUGCGGGGAAGCCGCUCGAGAGUGAAUAUUACUAUAUUCCCGACUAUGAUGAUGACACGAUGCGACGGGAAGCUGUGGUACAUGAUCUCAGGAAGCCAGGUCUUCGGAACUGCCGAAAGCAACACAAGCAAUAUUUCUGGCGUAAACCAAAAUGAACCAAGUGAUUGGAGGCAAGUUACCUUCAUUCGAGAAUGACCCGCAAAAGCUCUCUGGAUGGUUCUUGUUCUUAGUACAUAGUUGCAAU